AUGUCUACAUUACCAUUCACUUCAUCAACUACUGACCAAGUACGGCUAAAUCUUGUACACUACAAUCUAUGGACUCAAGUUGAAGUACAUAACAACUAUAUACUAAGUGGUUUACCACCAACAAAAUUAGUUUCGACUGAUCCUGAUUCCAAACGUGAAUGGAUUGUAUGUAAACGAAUGAAUGAGCAAAGUAGAUUAAAAGUGAAGGAGAUUAAUUCGUGGUUUGAAAAAAUAAAACAAUUCACAAAUGGGGAUGAAGAAAAGAGAGGAAAUGAGUUCAAACUUGAUGUCCCAAGUGAAGCCCAUUUACAAAGUCAAGACACAACUGAAAAUAGUAAACAGGCUGAGACAGAAGAUGUUUCAAGUAGCUUCACUCACACAGGACCCGCUUCCACCGAUGAUUCCAAACCCCAUCCACCUAACUCCAUUUGGAAACCUAUAGACAAAACCAUGAAUGGAAAAGGACGUGUGGAUAGGAUAACAAUUGCAUUAAUCAACGAUGAUGGGACGAUCGUUUACUACUUUAUCCACGAUGGGAUCACCAAACCUCGUCAAAAUUAA